CGCGUCAGAAGCACGUGACGUCACCGCCGCUCCGCUUCCUUCUUCCGGGAUCGAGAGUCUCCAAACAUCCUCCGCCGAGUGAAAUAAUGUCUCAUCAAACGGGUAUUCAGGCUGCUGACGAGGUGAAGGACGUCUUCGGCAAUGCCAGGAACGGACAGUACAGACUCUUGAAGAUCGUGAUCGAAAACGAGGAGCUGGUUUUAGGCCUCACCAAACCGGCCUCUCGUAGUUGGGAGGAGGACUACGAUGCUCUUCUACUUCCUGUGCUGGAUAAAGAGCUGCCCUGCUACAUCCUGUACCGCCUGGACUCCACCAACAGCCUGGGACACGAGUGGAUCUUCAUCGCCUGGUCACCUGACCACUCACCUGUGCGGCACAAAAUGCUGUACGCCGCCACCAGAGCCACGCUCAAGAAGGAGUUUGGCCUCGGACACAUUAAAGACGAGAUGUUCGGCACCAUAAAGGAUGAUGUUUCUCUCAGCGGAUACAAGAAACACGUGACGGCUCAAUCGGCUCCUCUGCCACUGACGGCCGCUGAGGAGGAGCUACGCCAGAUCAAACUCAGUGAGGUUCAGACAGACAUUAACGUGAACACUACUAAGCAAACUCUUCAGGGUGUUGCGUUCCCUCUGGACGGAGAGGCCGUAGCCGCGUUACAACAGUUCAAGGACAAAAAACUCAACUACGUUCAGCUGAGCAUCAAUUUUGAGAAGGAGCUGAUCGUGUUGUCGAGCACGGACGCCACCGAGGUGAAGGAUCUGCCCAAGCGGAUCCCCAAAGACGCGGCGCGUUAUCACUUCUUCCGCUAUAAACACUCACAUGAGGGCGACUACCUGGAGUCUGCAGUGUUUAUUUACUCCAUGCCGGGAUACAGCUGUGGGAUCCGCGAGCGGAUGCUUUAUUCCAGCUGUAAGAAUCCGCUGCUGGAGAUGGUGGAGAACAAACUGCAGAUGGAGGUGGCGAAGAAGAUGGAGAUCGAUAACGGCGACGAGCUGACGGCCGACUUCCUGUACGACGAGGUCCAUCCCAAGCAGCACGCGCACAAGCAGGCGUUCGCCAAACCGCGCGGGCCGCCGGGCAGAAGGGGCGAGCGCAGGAUCACGCGGCGACCCGGAGACGGCGAGGAGGCCGACGAUUAACCAUCAGCAGAGCAACGCCAAUCCGAGAGGCCACGUCAUUUAUUCCUCACGAUUUCCUGCAGAAACCGACGCAGAACUAUGCACAACGUGACACAAACACCUCCGCGGUGCGUUUUACGAGGUGUCCUUCAAUUUUAAAGCAAGCAAACGAAUUACUAAACCAUAUUGUACAAGGCUUUUGUGAUUUUUAAACUGUGCCAAACUCACAAUCAGGUCGUAGUUACUGCUGAAGACGUGACCUCCGCAAACCAUUCCUUUUAUUGUGUCUUAUAUCGUUUUAUUUUUCUAUUUUUUACCAAACACGAGGGAGAUGUUAAUCACGGCUCACACCCGACGGAUCAAACUCAUUUUUUUACGACGUAAACUCAUCUUUUGAUAUGAUUGUUUUGGUUCCCAUGUGCCAGGAUGCUCAUUUUUCUAUGCAAAUGCUGUUCUGUUGUUUUGUUUUACGAUGUUUUUGUCUCUGAUUGUGGCUUGACUUGUGUUUUCCCCGUUGUGCCUCCCGAGGCACCGGGUUGAUUUGCAUUAAGAUGGAGCCAGAUCGGGACGCAGUAGUCUAAAAAGGGAAGAUGGAAAAAUACAUGGGUGAAUUCGAUUGAAUCACUUUUAGGUCAAAACGAGCAGUGUCUACAGUCAUUUGGCAAACCACUGUUUAGCGUCCGUACUGUGACGGCAGCCGCUCUCGAGUUUCACAUGUAGCCUGUCUGUGCCGUGUGUGUGUGUGUGUGUGUGUGUACGGUCGUCUCAGAUACUCGUCUAUGUACAACUUUGUUUUUUUUAGAGAAAAAAUAAAGUAUUUAAAUCAUUGCAA